AUGGACAGCGACAGCAGCAUCACAACGCCCGCCGUCAUGUCACUGACACGAUUCGCAUUCCGCGCGCCGGCAGUCGCCAGCAGGAGUAGCCUGCGAUGCUUCUCAUCGGGACCGCAGAAGCAGGACACCGCCCUCCUCUCCAUUCUCGAUGGCAGCGCCACCCGCAACCCGCCCGCCAACCAGCAGCAGCCCGGCAGUUCCUCCCUCGCGACCCGCUUGGCGCGCGAUGCCGGCCUCGACCGCCCAACGCAGACACGUGAGAUGAUCGAGUCGGAGCGACGGAGCCAGUUCCAGCGGCAGAUGUACCGCAAGUGGCAGCCCGGCGACGUGUACUCGCCGCACGACCUGACUGGCGCCGAGCAGAGGAAGUGGAAGUUUGGCCGCAAGAAGCCCCAGAGCGAUGCCUUUGACGUGCUGGGCAUCAACCCCAUCAACGAGUACAAGAACUACACAAUCAUGUCCGAGUACAUGACGGAAAUGGGCCGCAUAAAGCACUCCAACGACACGGGCCUGCGCCCCAAGAACCAGAGGAAAAUCGCAAAGGCCAUACGGCGAGCCAUUGGGCUGGGCCUGAUGCCCAGUGUGCACAGGCAUCCGCUGGUCGUGAAGAAGAGCAGCCCAUCGAGGUUCUUGUGA